AUGAUACCUCUACAGACAUUUCGCGCCAGCCUUUCAAGGCGAUGCUUCGCCCCAACAACAAUCCGCAAAUAUGCCAGCCAGACACCCGGUAACCCAAUGCUUGAAGUCUUCAACCGCAAAGUCAAGCACCUCCAAAAGGAUCGGGCAGCCCGGAAUGUUGAAGAGAGCCGGAAAGUCGACUACCUGAAAGAUGAAGUAGCAAUGCGGCUAUGCGAGCGCCUCCUGGACAUUAAACGCGACUUCCCAAGCGUUCUAGAUCUAGGCGCAAACAGCUGCAACAUCGCCCGAGCUAUCACAUCCCCCAAUCUCGACUCGUCCAUGCCAGAAGGAACCAUCACACCACCACUAUCAAAAAAGAUCUCGAAGCUAACAUGCGUGGAGACAUCACACGCCCUGCUCCACCGCGACGAGAACGAUGACUUUAACAAAGAAAUCGAUAUCCAGCGGGAUGUGAUUCCGGACCUGGAGACGUUGCCGUACGCACCGAACAGCUUCGACGCCGUGCUCUCGUCGCUCUCGAUCCACUGGAUCAACGACCUGCCCGCGCUGCUAGCACAGGUGAACACAAUACUGAAGCCGGAUGCGCCGUUCAUCGCGGCCAUGUUUGGCGGUGAUACGCUGUACGAACUACGCGGGUCGCUGCAGCUGGCUGAUAUGGAGCGACGCGGUGGUGUGAGUCCGCAUGUGUCGCCUCUGGCAGAUGUCAAGGAUGUCGGGAGCUUGUUGAACCGUGCUGGGUUCAAGAUGCUUACUGUCGACGUUGAGGAUAUUGUGGUCGAGUUCCCGGAUACGUUUGCGCUUAUGCAGGAUUUGCAGGCGAUGGGUGAGAGCAACGCGAUCAUGAACCGUGACUCGGCGCCGCUUUCGCGGGAUGUCUUGCUGGCGAACGAGGCUAUAUAUCGUUCCCUGCAUAUGCAGGAGGGUGAUCGUGGUAUCCCGGCGACGUUCCGGUUGAUCUAUAUGAUUGGAUGGAAGGAAGGCGAAGGCCAGGCGCAGCCAUUGCAGCGUGGCAGCGGUGAUAUCAACCUCAAGGACGUCCUUGAGGGAGGUGAUUUUAAUAAGCCAUGA